UCUUUUAUACCCUUUUUUUCUAUUUUCAUACCUUCUCUUUAAUACUCACCUCUUUUGCCGCCGCCGCCACUCAGCUCCCAAACUCUCAAAACUCUACGUCGCCGCAUCGAAUCACUUGCACCGUUGUUCCCCUGCUGUGCCGCCAAUUUCAACGCCGUUUACCUAAAAGAUGAUGACGGAAGAGGAAGGACUGCCAUUACCAUAUGUAUCGGAGAUAGUGUUGAAGAAAAGGAAAAUAAGAGAUGAGUUAGCUAUUACAAGGAGGACCCAGUUGGAGUUGGGUAAAUACGGAGCGAAGAAAAGCAAGAAGCAAUCUGAUGUUUCCGACAUCAAAAGACCCGAACAAUUCAUUAAAGAGUUCAGAGACAGGGAAUUGGACCUGAUCAGAAUGAAACAGAGGGCAAAGAGACCAAAAUCGAUGAUACCAAAACUGAGAUCAAACUUGCUUUUCGUUAUCCGUUUACAAGGCAAAAAUGAUAUGCAUCCGAAAACUAGGAAGAUCCUAUACAAUCUGGGAAUGAGGAAACUUUUCAGUGGUGUCUUUGUGAAGGCAACUGAGGGUGUGAUGGAAAUGCUACAAAAGGUGGAGCCCUAUGUUACAUAUGGAUAUCCUAAUCUUAAGAACAUGAAGGAGCUGAUUUACAAGAAGGGCUAUGCAAGGAUUGACAAGAAAGCGGUUCCUCUGACUGAUAAUAAUAUCAUCGAACAGACAUUGGGAAAGCAUGGAAUCAUAUGCAUAGAAGAUAUUGUGCACGAAAUCGCUAAUGUCGGUCCACAUUUCAAGGAGGUUAUUCAUUUUAUGGGACCCCUUAUGCUGAGCAAGCCGGAAGAUGGAUUAAUCAAAGGGAAGAAACAACCGUACAAAGAAGGCGGAGAUGCCGGAAACCGCGGAGAUGAAAUCAAUGACCUAAUCAGUAAGAUGAAUUAGUUUGAACAUCAUAGUCCAUGCAUGAAAAUUUUGAUUUGUUGGAUGUGUCCAGAUUUAAAUUGACAAAACAAUUGUCUUUGGUUAUCAUUAUGUCAAUGCUAAUUUACUACUAGUUUGUUGAGGAAAAAACAA